GCCUACACUACAACUAUACAGUCCACUAUAUCAUCAACCCAAGACCCACCCAACCCAAGUAGGAAGCAGAUAUUACUCGGUACUGCAAUGGUUCAAAUAGAACAUAAUGGCCAGCGAUAUUCCGCGAGAGCCCUUAUUGAUUCAGGAUCGGAAGCCACAUUUAUAUCUCGAAGACUUCAGAGAAGCUUGGAUAUACCCACCCACUCUGUAUCAGCCCAAGUGACCGGACUAAACAAUGCAGUUUCAGCAACACCAACGAGUAUUUGUGAAAUCACGCUUUGCUCACCCUUAAACACAAAUUAUAAGCUAUCAGCACAGGCAUUUAUACAGAUAUUCAAAAAAUGUACCGCCAAAUACUCGUAGACCCUAAACACACUCGGUUCCAAAGGAUAUUAUUUAGGAAGUCCCCGGAAGACACAAUAGAAGACUUCGAAUUGCAAACAGUCACGUUCGGCAUAAAUUGUGCGCCGUAUUUAGCGAUCCGUACCCUCAUGAAGCUAGCCGAUGAUGUUGAAGAAACCCACCCAUUAGCAGCCAAAAUACUUCGCCAGGAAAUGUAUGUAGACGAUGUUUUAGCUGGAACACAUGACCUGACCACGGCAAAGUCAGCACGAGAUGAACUCAUUUCCGCUCUGAAGACCCCAGGAUUCGCUCUGCGAAAAUGGACCUCCAAUGACCCACACAUUCUGAAAGGACUUCCACGGGAUCAUCUUUUAGAGACAGAAACACUCAACCUUUCGGAACCCGAGAACACCAAAACCCUGGGCAUUCGAUGGAACUCCAAAAAGGAUUCAUUUUUCUUCCUCGUCAACCCAAUGGAGAAAAAACCCGCAUACACCAAACGUGAAGUUUUAUCAGCCAUAGCAAAAUUGUUUGACCCAGCCGGUUGGCUUAGUCCAAUAAUAAUCACGGCAAAAAUAAUUAUGCAACAAAUAUGGCUGGAUAAAACUGACUGGGAUGAAAGCCUGAAGCCCCUCACCCUUCAUCGAUGGAACAGCUUCGUAAAGGAUUACGACAACAUAAACAAAAUUGAAAUACCCAGGUGGACCCAUUUUAACCCAACAGCCACCAUUGAAUUCCACGGUUUCUCUGAUGCUUCAGAAAAAGCAUAUGCCGCGACACUUUAUAUAAGGGUUUCAGUUGGAGACAAAAUAUGGACAACUCUCUUAGUGUCAAAAACAAAAGUUGCUCCCAUUAAAACCGUAUCCCUACCCAGAUUGGAACUCUGCGGAGCGGUUCUACUGGCUAACCUUUUUAACUCUACCCUACCCCAACUACACCUAACCCAAUAUAAAAAUUAUUUUUGGACUGAUUCAACCAUAGUUCUCGCUUGGUUAAACAAACCACCCUGUUCAUGGACCACUUUCGUUUCACAUCGAGUAGCUGCAAUCACCGAGAAAGUGGGAGUCGAUAAGUGGAACCAUGUGGAAAGCCAAGACAAUCCCGCAGACUUGGCAAGCCGAGGAUGUACACCCACCGAUCUAUUGAAUUGCAACCUCUGGUGGCAUGGACCCCAAUGGCUACAACACGAAAAGGAGCAUUUUCCAGAAUCGGAGAAAACAUACAACACUACCGUUGAAUUCAAACCCGUUAAGACGUUUGCGAUAACCACCCAAGAGGAUAUACUAGAAAGGUUUUCCUCAUUCUCCAGAGCUAUUCGCGUUAUCGCUUACCUAUUAAGGUUUUGCGCAAAUGCCUCACCAAGGAGGCGAGAAAUUGUUUACUCAAGCCACGAUAUAACCCCGGAAGAGUUCAAAACAGCCCGAAUAAAGUUAAUCAUUCACACCCAAAAAACACAUUUCAGAGAAGAAUAUGAUGCCUUGACCCGUAAAACCCAAAUACACAAGAAAAGUUCAUUGUUGACUUUAAAUCCGUUCAUUGACCCUAAAGGAGUUAUGCGAAGUGACGGAAGAUUAACCAAUUCCGCAGCACUAUCAUAUAAUGAGCGUCACCCUAUCUUAUUACCCUAUAAUAGUCGUUUGUCAAAACUACUAACUCAAUUCACCCAUACAGUAGCGUUACACGGCGGAAAUCAGCUAGUCUUACGACUUAUGCGUUCAGAAUUUUGGAUACCGAAGCUGAAAACCCUCAUCAAGUCUAUCAUUCAUCAGUGCAAAACUUGCGUUUUGCACAAAAAUCGCAACACUACUCAGAUUAUGGCAGCACUACCCGCCGAACGUACCACCUUAACCCGUGCAUUCGCAACAACAGGAGUCGAUUUCGCCGGUCCCUACGACAUUAAAAAUUACACCGGCAGAGCAUGUCUGAUCACAAAAGGUUACGUAUGCGUAUUUGUAUGUUUUGCAACCAAGGCAAUACAUCUAGAGCCAGUAAGUGAUCUCACCACAAACGCAUUCAUGGCCGCAUUCGCACGUUUCUUUUCCAGGCGCGGAUGUCCCGCCGAUCUCUAUUCGGACAAUGUGAAUCGCACCAAAACAUCAACUGGCACUUUAACCCUCCAGGAGCUCCACACAUGGGUGGACUCUGGGAAGCAGGAGUGA